AGGAUGGAAUCUCUGACUCCUUCACCAGACUCAGUAGAUAAGAAAUUGAAGAUAACUCAUGUAGAAUGCCAUCCUGACUGCUUGGUUAUAGUGUUCCAGGCUCAGUACAACGUAGGAUGUGAGCUUGACUAUUUCAUACUACAAAAUGAAAUACAGCGCGUGUUCAAAGUAAAAGAUGAUGUCUCUGUUGGUGGAUCUUGCUUGGUGGAAGACACAGAAGGAGAAUGGCAUAGAGGAAGAGUUCUGAGAAAAAAAGGGAAUAUCUGUGAGACUUUUCUUAUAGACACUGGACAUGUGUUGGCUGUUGAGGAAACACAUCUUGCUGCUGCUAGUGAUAAGCUGUUUCAGCUCCCUCCAAAGGUGGUUUUGGGUGUUUUUGCAAGCAUACUUCCUCUUGGAGAAAGAUGGGGUCCAAAAGCUGUUAACUAUUUUUCAUCUCUGGUAGGAUUACAGAUCACUGGUCAUGUGAAGGCUGUUACACCAUAUCAGCUGUUUAUUCUAGAAGUGCCUAAGAUUAUUACUGAUGUUCUUGAACUGCAGCUAGGUAAAUUUAUUGAUGGAGAUUCAUUUUGUCUUGUUGUAGAAACUUUAAGAGCAUUGCCCCAAGGAAUGCUUUCUAAGAGAAUGCCACAACUGUUGACACAGAAGUAUCCGUUCAGGGAGUUACUUACUGUAAAUAAUUCUGAGAAACCAACAGAUUUUUGGCAUGUUCCAGAUCAACUCUUUCCAUGUCUACCUGUUGGCAGUAAAGAAAAUGUAAAAAUAACUGGUGCAGUAAGCCUAAAUAAAUUUUAUUGUCAGAUACAGAAAUGGCAGAAAGAGCUGGAAUGUUUGACAGGAGCUAUGCAUUUGUACUAUGAAGCUCUUGUUGGAGAAAAUACCACAUCUUGUGAUAGUUUUGGGCUGCUCUGUGCUGCCAAGAGGCAAAAUGGACAGUGGCAUAGAGGAGUGAUAAAACAACUCCUCUCUGACCACGUGGAGGUCUGGUUUAUGGAUUUUGGCAUUAUUGAAGCUGUGCCACCUAGUUGUAUUUGGAAACUGAAAGCUGAGUUCAUGACAUUACCAAUGGUUUCAUUUCCAUGUACACUGUCUUGUUUUGGUAGUCAGGAUGAAACAGUAAUAAAAUUUCAGCUCAAAGAACUUACACAAGCCUUAAUAGGACAAACCUCUGUGUGUGUCCAAGUUGAUUUAUACAACAACUCUGAACGCUUGUAUUAUAUAACGCUGCAGAAACAAAAUCUUGGAAUUAAUGCUGAGCAUCCUGAAGACCAGAAUGAGACAGCUGCCCCAUGUGUCUCGCUUUUGGAAACAAAAACCAGAAGCAUUGCACUAAACGACAAACCAAGUCCUGAAAGAAAAAAUUCGUCUAAGAAUUACUCUGGAAACAAAGAUAAAAAAACCUGCUUACCUGAACAGGACAUUUCUUUCUCCAGCCACUGCAAGAGAGUAGAGAUGGAAAUGAACUCUUUUUAUGGAGCUUUUGUAGUAUACGUUGUAAAUCCAUCUGACUUUUGGAUUCAAACGUGUAGAUACCAGAAGGAGUUUCAUGCCUUGAUGAAAAACAUUGCCUGCACCUACAGUCAAUAUAAAGAUGAUGAGAUGGUCCUUAAAAAGCCAGAGCCUGGGUUGCUGUGCUGUGCCCGGUAUAGCAGGGAUGGGUGUUAUUACCGGGGUGUUGUCACAAAAGUGUUUCGUGUUAGCAUUAUGGUUUACUUUUUAGAUUUUGGAAAUACAGAUACUAUACCUUGUCACUAUGUGAAAACAUUGCUUCCUGAGUUUUCUGAUUUACCAGCUUUAGCUAUGUGUUGUUCCCUUGCUUGCACAUUUCCUGUUGAUGGUGUGUGGGUUAAAAAAGAAACUGAUUUCUUUAAAAACGUGGUGUUGAACAAACCACUGCUACUUCAUGUCGUUGGAAAGCAAAACGACAAGUACAUUGUUAAUGUGCAGUGUCAUACUGGUUUCCUGCAAGGAAACGUUGCCGCGUGUAUGGUUCAAGCUGGUUAUGCUGAAUAUCGGCUGAAGCCACCAGAUUCUGUUCUGAGGGCAGCAAAAAAGCGGCACAGUGGGAAUCACCUCAAAUGUAAAAAAGAAAAAAUCAAUGCAGAGAACACCAGUAAUAUUUGCAAAAAUAAGGUGUCUGGAAAUGGAGACAUGCUUCAGAAGGAAAAAUCAUUAAAUGUGCUGCCAGUGCCUAGAGAAUCUGUUGUGCCAUCCUGUUCAGGAGAACGUGCUGUCUCUAAAAUGCAUAAAUCGGUAUGUGAGGAAAAAUUAGUUUAUAAGGAGCUUGUGUUUAGGCCAGGAGCUGCUCAUGAAGUGGUGUGUUCUUGCAUCUUUUCCCCAGCAGAUUUUUCAUGUCAACUGCAAAGCAAACUGCCAGAGCUAAAUAACUUAAUGGGACAAAUUCAGACAUACUAUAAACAUCAUACCAAUCCCUACAAAACUGGACAGGUUGCCUGUGUUGUUAAGUAUCCCAAAGAUGGGAAGUGGUAUAGAGCCACUGUUGUGCAGGAGGUAUCCACAAAUGAAGUUGAUGUGGUUUUUGUAGACUAUGGUUAUCAGGAAAGAGUUUCACUUAAAGAUGUACAGGGUGUUCUUCCAGAUUUUCUAGCUCUAGAGAGUCAAGCAUUUCGAUGUGGACUUAAAAAUGUAAUCUUACAGACUGACUCAGUUAAUUGGUCUGAAGAAGUGCAGAGACAGUUUGUAGACUUCAUUUCUUCUCCUAGAGGACCACUGACUUGCACCAUUUAUGCUCUUGUUCUUGUGAGCCCCAACUGUUUAUGUAAUGUAGUUGACUUACAGACUCCACUUGCUAGUGUAGAUGAAUUCUUCAGAGAACGUGGUCUCACUCAGCCUGAAUGUGUUGGACUGAGAAACUUUGCAUCUUUGGGUUCUUUGUAUAGUUUUUGCUAUUCAUCUUUCAAUAUAAAAAUUGGAAGUGAGGAGGAGGUUUAUAUAACUCAUAUAAAUAGUCCUUCAGAAUUCUAUUGUCACCUUAACCGCAACUCUGAAACUCUUGAGGCAUUGAUGAAGAGGGUUAGUGACGUAAGUAAAAUGUCAGGUAAUGCAAAUUAUCAUGGCAAUACACGACUAUGCAUAGCCAAGUAUGUGGAAGAUGGUCUCUUUUACAGAGCUUUGGCUUUUCCUGUGGAAUCAACAUCCUUUCUGUUGGUUGACUAUGUGGAUUUUGGAAAUAGGAGUAUGGUGGAGAGAGAUCAGUUGAUGCCUAUUCCAGAUUCUGCCGCUGACCUACUAUUCACACCCAUGCAAGCUAUUAAAUUCUGUCUGUCAGAUCUUAGGGGGACAGAAUUUCCAGCAAGAAUUACUACAUGGUUUGUGAAAACAUUCCUUGGUAAAUUGCUGAAGGCUGUAAUUUUAUCCAGAGAACCAGAUGGAAAGAUUGUUGUGGAGUUGUAUGAUGGACAGCUCACAGUAAGUCAGAAAAUUAAAGAAAAGGUAUUGGAAGAGUUGGCACAGGAAAGCCAAGCCUGUGAUGAGCAUUACCAGGCAGAUACUGGUGAGAAAUUUGGAGAUGAAGAGCAAACUGCAUGUAGCAUACCAAAGUUGUGUAGUGGAUUCUCAAAACAGCAAACUUUACAGGACAGCAAAGAGCAAAGUUUUAGAAAUACUUUCAGUGCUCUUCUGGAGAACGGAGAGGAACCUUGGAUUGGACAACCUGCUUCUCACUCCCUAUCUUAUUGUGCUUUACAUUUAAAGGAAAUAACUGUAAAUGCUCUCUCUGACUCUCAGAAUGAAAGACCAAAUUGUACAGGUCAACAGGAAAGGAGUAAUAAAAAUACACCUACAUUAAUCAGCCUUCCUCAACGUGAUAUCCAGGUGAAUACCGAAGUAGCAGGUUAUAUUUCUCAUAUAAAUAGUCCAUCAAGUUUCUAUGUUCACUUUGCAGAGGAUGAAAACUUAAUAAUAAAACUAGCAGAUGAUUUGAAUGAAAGCUUGGAGAAUAGAGGUUGGGAAAAUUGCUUAAAUGAGCUCAUGGUAGGGGAUCUCAUUGUUGCAGAGCAUGACGCUGAUUGUUUUUACUACAGAGCAGUUAUUAAAACUCUGAAAUCAGGAAACUCCUAUGAGGUAGAAUUUAUUGACUAUGGUAAUGCUGCAGUUGUAAGUUCGUCAAAAAUCUGCAGGAUUCCAGAAAAGUUCUUAACUAUGCCAAGGUUUAGUGUUCAUUGUUUCCUUAGUGCGAAAAGUGUUCCUGGGGAAAGCUGGACUAAAGAAAGUGCUGCAUAUUUUGCAAGAACAGUAAGUGACAAGCCAGUAGCUUGCAAGUUCUUAGAGCAACAUGGAGAAAAAUGGGAAAUAGAUGUAAUUUGUGAUGGAGAGUCAUUGUCUAACAGCCUUUUGCAUAAAAUAGACAGCAUAAGGUGGAAUAGCACAUGGGUAUUUUCUUUGGAAAAUAGGCCUAAACAUGGUAAUUCUCAAAAGUCUAAGAAUAGUUUAGGUGGCCAAAAUAAAACCAAGGCUCCUGGGAUAAAAAAUAUUUCCGUAAAACCCUUACGUCUACUUCAUCAGGUGUUAAAUUCUGGACAAGUAGAAGCAGCAGAAGUAGUUAAUAUUUCAAAGAAUGGAGAAUUUUAUGUACAGUUACUUAAAAAUCUGCAAAUACUACAUGAGUUAAAUGUAAUGCUUGACAAAGAAGCACAAAGAAGUGAUUUGCUUAGAGUGGAUGACAUUGAACAGGGUCUGGAAUGCAUUACACAAUCUGAAAGGAACUUAAAAUGGAAUCGAUCAAAAGUGAUAAAGAAAUUUGUCAGGGAAAAGUUAAUGCUAGUUUUUUUCAUGGAUUACGGCACAUGUGAGAUGGUGUCCUUAAAUAAUGCAAAGAUGCUCAGUGAUGAGAUUAAGAGUAUUCCUAAACAAGCUGUUUAUUGUAGGUGGAUUUGUUUUAAAAACCUGAAGAAAAUUCACUUAGACCAUGUAGUAAAUGCACUUCUAGAUUGUGAAAUAAGGAUCUUGUUUCUGAGAUACUUGAAGUCAUCUGAUAUCUGGGAGGUAGAUAUUUUAGUGGGAGAAGUUACACUUCAGGAGUAUUUGAACCAGCUCUUAAGUCAUUGUUGGACAAUUGUUGGACCAGAAAAAUGUAGUAAUACAAACUGUAAGGAGUUUGAUACGUCAUUCAACAUAAAUUCAGUCAUGUGGAUGCUGCUGAGUAGUGGCAGAACAUAUCCUGGGUGUGCAACUGCAGUUACUGAUCCUUCAAACUUCAGCGUCCAGUUUGAAAUCUUCUUUGAUAGCAUGCGAAACUUGUCCCUGCUGCUCUCUGACCUUCCUGACAACUUGCCGGUUCUGCCGGAAGAACUCGUGAUACCUGGUGCUAGCUGCUUGAUCGAGUUUGGGCAGGAAGCAGAGUGGUACAGGGCGGAAAUUAAUGAAGUAACAGAUCAGUCUGUUGUUCUUACGUUUAUUGAUUAUGGCUUUCUGAGGACCAUACCUUAUUCUGAUAUCCAUAAACUCAAAGUUGUUCCAGAAAGUCUGUUACACUUGCCACGCUUGGCACACUCUUGUUCUUUGCAUGAUACAGUACCUGGCAAGGGGGAGCACUGGAGUGAGGAAGCCAUACUUCUGUUUCAGCAGCUUCUUCAUAAACCAGGUCUGAUAUUUCAUUUUAUCCACUAUGGCUCUGAAAUGAAGUUAGAGGUGGAUGUUUUGUGUGAAGAUAGCAAUCUGUCUGAUGCCUUAAUUGCUGCAGGCCACGCAGUCUGCUCUCACAGUAGGUGCUGUCCCAUUGCAGUUGACAGACUCUAA